GCGCAAGUAGCGUUGUGGGUGGCAGUUGAUGGCCGACGCAUGCGCAGAGGGAUCGAAGGUGCCAGAAGGAACCAAGCUGCGACUGAGGCAGCGAGACGUGGAUGCUGUUUUUACUCGAGUGCCCAGAGAGAUCUUGUGCUGUAGGAUUCCCCACAGAUUCUCCGUCGAGCCCGAACAAGUGUCAGACCCCAAGUCUCCCCCCAUUCACUUGCCCCAAAGCGCUUGCCAUCUGCUGCUCUAGCCAAAGCCAGAGCUGAUCUGCAGGCCUGUGAGCUGGGAUGGCUGAGAUGAAGCGGCCAGUCGUUUCCCACCCUUGGGAGGAGGAGGAGUGCUUAGAGUACUACGGCAUGGUGUCCUUGCACCACAUGUUUGAGGUGAUUGGCUCCCAGCUGACCGAGAAUGAUGUGGCUGUGCUCUCCUUCCUCCUUGAUGAGACCCAGCCCUGGACCCACCCGCUGGACCCCAAGCUGUGGGCUGUGGUGGAGGAGGAUGGAACAGAGACCCCCUCGCCUCUUCUGGAGAGCUGGCAAAGGAGGAGCCGGUGCUGGCAAGCUCCGGUGGAGGCAGCUGGGAGCCUAGAGGUGGUGGGCGAGCGGCACCAGCCUAGGAACGGGGUCGAGCUGCUGCUGGAGCUGGAGAGGAGAGGGAGAUGUGACGAGACCAAUUUCCUGCAGCUCCUGCAGCUCCUGCGGUUGCUGACCAGGCAUGACCUGUUGCCUUACGUCACCCUGAAGCGGCAGCGGACAGUGUCCCCUGAGCGAUACACCUACGGCCCGUCUGUGACAGCUUCGGACCGGCAGAUGGACAGUUGCCUCGGCUCAGCCUCUGCAGAGACCCAGCCCGAUCAGUGGGAGACAGGCUCCAACUCCAGCAAGAGGAAGCGGGUGAGCAGAGGCAGGGCACGGGCCAGUGCCCUCGGCAGGCGGCGCGGGGCCAAGACCGUCCCUGCCCUCAAGCAGGAGCCCCUGUCCCCCACCAAAGUGACCUGUGACAUCCGGCUGCGGGUGCGCGCUGAGUUCUGCCAGCACGAGCCGGUCCUGCGGCAGAACGUGCUGUCCAACAAGCAGCACCAGCUGGAGCGCCAGUUCGACAUCUUCGGCCAGUCCAACACCAUCCUCAAGUCACGCGACCUGGGCUCCAUCAUCUGUGACAUCAAGUUCUCGGAGCUCUCCUACCUGGACGCCUUCUGGAGCGACUACAUGAACGGGUCACUGCUGGAGGCCCUCAAGGGCGUCUUCCUCACCGAGUCCCUCAGGGACGCCGUGGGGCAGGAGGCCAUCCGGCUGCUGGUCAACGUGGACGAGGAUGAUUACGAGGAGGGGCGCCGGCUUCUGCUGGAAAGCCUCGGCCCCCAGUGACGGCCCUGUGGGGCGGGGACACAGCCUGGCCUCUGGGGAGCUCGGUCUGGGUCUCGGGCUGUACUUUUUUCUAAGUCACUGGAGCUCAUCCACUUGGGACACGGAGACUCCUGACAACAACCCCGUCGGGGUGCUGCCACGGGGCAAACCUCUGCCCGCCUGCAGGCCUCUGACUGUGCCAGCUGGGCCAAGCACUGGACUGAGUGAUGCACCUCCUGUGUUGGCGUGGAGAUGGGACAGGCAACUCCAGAUGCACAGGGUGUGGGGCCAGCCCCCUCGAGGGCUCGUCGUGGCUCCUGUCCCUGGACAGGGGCACCGCUGACCAGGAAACUUGAGCUUUCAUUAUUUUUAGGACACAAACCUGGUUUUCCUCCUGCUGCCGUUUGGGCUCCAGGGGCAGGUGGAAAGGGGGAGUCAGAGUCAUUUUUCUUAGGGACGUUUUCCUGGGCUCUGGCUAUUUGUACAUAAUAUAAAUAUAUCAUGGGGGGGGGGGGGACGGACAGGGCUCAGGCAAUGGCUGCAGGAAUUUGUCCUCAGUCCUAGGGGUGGGGGGGUGUCAGCUGGUGUAAUUAUUUAAAGAAGAUGGUAUUUUUUUAAGCAAAAGAUGAAAAAAAUGCAAACAAACAAACAAAACA